GACUGUGCUCAUCGGAUAGCUACACGCGCACAAGUAAGAUGAAGUCCCGGGUGUUGACAUGGAGCUGGAGCAUUUCGACGAACGGGACAAAGCACAAAGAUACAGCCGCGCUGGUUCACGGGCGAACGGCCUCCCGAGCCCCACGCACAGCGCCCACUGCAGCCUGUACCGAACCCGCACCUUACAGGCUCUGAGCUCCGAGAAGAAAGCCAAGAAAGUCCGCUUCUACCGCAAUGGAGACCGGUACUUUAAAGGGAUUGUGUACGCUAUCUCCAACGACAGAUUCAGGUCUUUCGACGCUCUGCUCGCAGACCUCACCCGCUCCCUAUCAGAUAAUGUAAAUCUGCCUCAGGGGGUCCGGACCAUUUAUGCCAUUGACGGGUCGAAAAUGACCAGCAUGGAGCAGCUGGUGGAAGGGGAGAGCUAUGUCUGUGGAUCAAUUGAGCCUUACAAGAAGUUGGAAUACACUAAGAAUGUCAACCCCAACUGGUCGGUCAACGCCAAGACCGUUGGAUCAGCACGAGCGCCCUCCUCUCUGGGCAGCGCCAAGGGUGGGUCUAUAGAAAUCAAGGAUAACAAGGAUUUCAUCCGGCCCAAACUGGUCACCAUAAUCCGCAGCGGGGUGAAGCCUCGGAAGGCCGUGCGCAUCCUUCUCAACAAGAAGACGGCCCACUCGUUUGAGCAGGUUCUCACAGAUAUCACAGAUGCCAUCAAACUGGACUCUGGAGUGGUCAAGAGGCUUUAUACGGUGGAUGGUAAACUGAUAUCAUGUCUUCAGGACUUCUUUGGUGAGGAUGAUAUAUUUAUUGCCUGCGGCCCAGAGAAGUUCCGCUACCAGGAUGACUUCCUGUUGGAUGAGAGUGAGUGCAGGGUGAUGAAAUCGCAGUCCUACGGCCGUAUUUCUCCCAUGCAGGGCCGCAGCUGCUCUCCCCGCAGUGGUGGACGCUCGAGAAGGAGCAAGUCCCCUGGUUCCAGCUGCUCAGCUAAUGGAACAGCAGGAAGUCAGCUAUCGACCCCACGGUCAGGCAAAUCUCCCAGUCCAUCUCCCACCAGUCCAGCCAGUCUGAGGAGACGAAGGGGCUCUCAGCACAGUGGCUCCUCUCUCUCUCUGGCCUCCACCAAGGUGUGCAGCUCCAUGGAUGAGGGCGAUGGGCCAGGCAGUGAAGGUGAGGAACCCUGGGAAACUUUGACAAAAGUCUAUAAUUAUUGUUUUAUCAUCUUCUUCAUCAGAAUAUUACAUCCCACAUCUUUUCCCCUUCUAGCUGAGCUGAUGGAGGAUUGUCCUCAGGUUCCUGCUUCCAUAGCCGAGAGGUACAAAGUGGGACGAAUGAUUGGCGAUGGGAACUUCGCCGUGGUCCGAGAGUGUAUGGAGAGAUCCACAGGCCGAGACUACGCUCUGAAGAUCAUUAACAAGAGCAAAUGCAGGGGAAAGGAACACAUGAUCCAGAACGAGGUGUCUAUUCUUCGGAGAGUUAAGCAUCCUAACAUUGUUCUGCUGAUUGAAGAAAUGGACACAUACAGUGAGCUCUACCUAGUCAUGGAGCUGGUCAAGGGUGGCGACCUCUUUGAUGCCAUCACCUCCUCCAACAAAUACACAGAGCGGGACGCCAGCGGGAUGCUGUAUAACCUGUCCAGCGCUAUCAAAUAUCUGCACUGCCUUAACAUUGUUCACCGGGACAUCAAACCUGAGAAUCUCCUGGUCUAUGAGCACCAGGAUGGGAGUAAAUCUCUGAAACUGGGGGAUUUUGGCUUGGCAACAGUCGUGGACGGUCCACUUUACACUAUAUGUGGCACCCCGACCUAUGUAGCUCCAGAGAUUGUCGCAGAGACUGGGUAUGGCUUGAAGGUUGAUAUCUGGGCGGCGGGGGUCAUAACAUACAUUCUGCUUUGUGGCUUCCCUCCUUUCCGUGAGAGCACAGAUGAUCAGGAGGCUCUUUUUGACCACAUUCUGAUGGGACAGCUGGAUUUUCCUCUUCCAUACUGGGACACUGUAUCUGACUCUGCAAAGACACUUAUCACCUGCAUGCUACAGGUGGAGGUUGACCAGAGAUACACAGCUCUACAGGUGUUAGACCAUCCCUGGGUUAAUGAUGACAGAAUGUGUGAGAAUCAGCACCAGUUGUCUGUGGCCGGCAAGAUUAAGAAACAUUUCAACACGGGCCCCAAAGCCAACAGCACCACUGCAGGAGUCACUGUCAUAGCAACCACCCCUCUUGAUAAGGAGAGGCAGGUUUUCAGACGAAGACGCCACCAGGAUGUGAAAGCCACCCAGAGCACCUUCCCCUGCAGCCCCGGGACCGUCCCGACCCUCUCUCCGGCAGACUUCACCUCAGAGUCCGAGGACAUUUCCCCCUGCUCGGCCGAGACCGUCCGCUCUCCCACAUCACCGUUUUAAGC